GAUUAGUGUCAACAAACCCUACGAGACCAACUCGAGAAAGCAAAGAGUUUUGUGGAUCACAAAUGUUGAGAAGAAAACCCACAAAAAUCCAACUCAAAAUCGAAGACCGCGACGAGCUUGAACUAUCCCGCAAAUCAGAACAACCCACCACCACCACCACCGCAACCGCAACCGCUCCAUCUUCCUCCUCCCUCCUCCACCUCAUCGACCCUAAACGCCAACACCCUUCCUCCAAAUCCGACCGCAUCGGCCUCUCCUCUUCCUAAAGAAUCCCCCCAUGGAAGUCGAAGUCAAGCUCCGCCUCCUCACCGCCGCCGCUCACCUCCGCCUCACCACUCUCCUCACCCCCUUCCACCUCAAAACCCUCCACCAGCGCAACCUCUUCUUCGACACGCCCCAGAACGACCUCUCCCUCCGCCGCGCCGUCCUCCGCCUCCGCUUCCUCCACAACACAUCGCAGCAGCAGCGCUGUGUCCUCUCUCUGAAGGCGAAGCCGACGCUGGCCAACGGGAUCAGCCGCGUGGAGGAAGACGAGGAGGAGAUCGACGCGGGGUUGGGUGGAGAGUGCGUGGAUUCGCCGUGGAAGCUGUCGGAUCUUGGAUCUAGGGUUUUGAAGAGGGUCAGAGAGGAGUACGGGUUUAAGGAUUUUCAGGGGUUUGUGUGUUUGGGAGGGUUCGAGAAUGUGAGGAAUGUGUAUGAGUGGAGAGGCGUGACACUCGAGGUUGAUGAGACUAAGUUUGGUUUUGGGAAUUGCUAUGAGAUUGAAUGCGAGACUGAGGAGCCCGAACGUGCCAAGUCUAUGAUCGAAGAGUUUCUUUCUGCGAACAAUAUUGAGUUUAAGGAUUCGGAUAUGACCAAGUUUGCUGUUUUCCGUUCGGGAAAGCUUCCUUGACUGAUGGUUGGUGGAGUAUCUAAGACUGAAGAAAUGGUGCAUCUAAUAAUGAGUUCACGGAGUAUCUCUAAGGUUGAAGAAAUGGUGCAUCUAAUAAUGUUUUACUAUUGAAUUGGAUGAUUGAUCUCUGUUUACACUAUUUCUUAUGGCCAUUUGCAUCGUAUCUUUUUUGCUAUAUAUAUAUUUGCUGAAAUCCCACGAA